GUAUUAGUCAGCAUUGACAAAAUGACCCCUUUUAGAAUGUUGGUUAUACAAGAUAGUAACAACCAAUAGAUUAUUGGUCAAGAAAACAUAAAAACAUAAAAAUACAACAAUAUUCCCCCCAAUUAGAAAUAAAUGGUUAAUCUACUUAUAAAAAUAAAAAAUAGAUGAAUGGUUAAGCUAUGUUUACGGAUUAAACAUUCAAACCAAAUUCCUAACAUGGAAACAUAUUGUUAUGAUCAGUUUCAUUUUCAAAACCUCUCUUGCAUUCCUCUCAUGUUAUGUCACACUUCAACCUCUUUGGUCUAAUAAUUUAUAUAAUAAACACAAUCCCUUCCCAAUUCAACUCACCAACCUAAGGGAAGAAGAGCUUGGUUUUGUUACUUGGGAUACAAGAAACAACAAUCAUGAGUCUCAAUUGCCUUACCUGCAGCCAAGUUCUACAAAGGACAGAUUCAUUUAGAGAAUUAUUCAAAGAAAAUGAAUAUCAAGAAAGUCGCAAAAACGUCGACAGAACUUGGUCGGGAAAUAUGUCGGCACCGCUGCAUAAAGAGAUACCAAAAGGCAGUGCUCUGGCGAAGAUUAAGGCCGAUCAUCGCCGUAAUCAUAGUACGGGAAAUCUUCCCUUUUCAGGCAGGGCAGAACCAAGAUUGGUGAGGAGUAGUGGAAUGAGAAGAGAUUGGAGUUUCGAGAAUUUGGCUGAACAACAAGACCAAAGAGUGACCUGCCAUUGAGAUGAUCACCAGAUCAAUGAAGCAUGUGUUUGGAACUGAGUUUACAAACCAAUUAUCAUGUCCUGGGACAUUCUCACCGUGAAAACUUAGAAGCUACAAAACUACGCUUCCACUUGAACAUGAUUUUUGGCCAUGAUUUAUGUAAACGUGACAUUCCAAACACAUGCAAACAUUAUAAAUUGUGACAUUGGUUUUUCUGAAUUGUGUAUACUUUGUUUGUGGUGAUUAAUGUAAAGAUUGGAGAGGGAGUGAGAGGGGUUAGAGUUGGUGUACAUUAUAAAUAUGGUGUUUCAAGCGCUUGUUUGACACAAAGUUAUACGAGUGCUUUUUUUGUACCAUUUAUAAUUUACGUCUAUUGCAAUUUUUUUAUUUUUACCCUUCAGAAUGUUUGUAACUCAUGGUUCAGUUUAUGUCAUUUUAUAAUCAAUCUUUAUGUGGUGCGCAUUGGAAUAUCAUGUGAUGUUUUAGGUGCUUUAAGCUUAAAGUGAAUUGCACGCGAUUGAACACAUUGAUGCAAUUUGUGCAUGUAAUCUCUCGUCCCAUAUCGCAGCCAUGUAGGAAGAUAUGUAACCAAAUAAAUAUCACUGUUGCUAUAUGAGACGAGAGACACAUGCAUGAAUGCGUUCAAUCACGCACAAUUUACUUACUUUACUUUGUUAAUCGCUAUCUAUAGAUAUUAUAAAAUAAAAUACUAUAUGGAUAGUAAUACGGGAUAAUAUCCACCACCAACAAUUCACCAUUUCUACAACCUUCAACCAAUGUCUUUGUCAUCUCUUUAUACCUCAUCAAUGCCAUAUCCGGCUUACCUUUUAUAUGACCUAUCUAAAAAAAAUGGAGAUGAUGAAGAAAAAAAAAACUUCUCUAGCAUAUAGUCAUACAACAAGGUAUGUGAACAAUUUAAAGAAUCUUUUGAAGUCAAAUUCAAUCACAAAAACACAAUGUAAAGCUAUAGUUAAUGUGUGUUUGUCUUUAGAUGGAACAAUUAUUCGUUCAACGGUUUUUCUUGAGCAUAAUCAUGAACUAAGCCCUACCAAAUCAAGAUAUUUUAGAUGCAGCAAGAAUUAGAAGCCUCGUAUUUAUAAACUUUGAUAAUUCAACAUUAUAAAACACAAAUUAAAGUAAAUAUAGUAAUAGCUGGAGAGGGAAAGCCAUGCUGACCUCAUAAUGUAUACGAUUCAGGAUGUGAUCAGGAUGCCUAUCAACAAUGUCCUCUUCUCAGCAAUAAUUGUAUUCACCUGUAUCUACUCU